UUGCACAUUUUUCAAGAUCUCACGAGUCACGAGUGAUCUUGUGGUAAACUUGAUUACGAGAAAAUGAUAAUUCCGAAUUAUUGAUUAUUCAAUCACCCUGGUGAUAGUUUUAACAUUGAUUUAGUUUUCGGUUUAAUUUAUUAAUUUUUAGCACUUCGUCAAAUCUGUUCUCACCUGCCAAUUAAAUUGUAAUUUUAUUUUUUUAACGUGUCAUAAAAUAUAAUGGAAAGUCGACGGUCAAUUUAUAAAAAUCCAUUCCAUAGACCUUGGCUGGAAAAUAAUGGAGCCGCAGCUCCGGCGAGUGGAAAUACAGGAGUUAAAGGAAUAAUCGCAGGUGGAAUCACCGGCGGUAUCGAAAUUUGUAUUACGUAUCCAACUGAGUACGUGAAAACGCAGUUACAACUGGAUGAAAAAUCCGGCACUGGAACUAAACAAUAUAAUGGUAUUGGCGACUGUGUGAAAAAGACUGUAAAAGGACAUGGAUUUUUCGGAUUGUAUAGGGGAUUAAGCGUACUGCUAUACGGAUCUAUACCAAAAUCAGCCGUAAGAUUCGGGGCCUUUGAAAUGUUCAAAAAACAAGCCGUAGAUGAGAAAGGUAACUUGAGCCCACAAAUGAGAGUAUUAUGCGGUUUAGGAGCCGGUGUUUGCGAAGCUAUAUUUGCAGUCACUCCUAUGGAAACAGUUAAAGUUAAAUUCAUUAAUGAUCAGCGUUCCGGUAAUCCUAAAUUCAAAGGAUUUUUCCACGGUGUAUCGUGUAUUAUUAAAGAACAAGGUUUUAGGGGCGUUUAUCAGGGCCUGUCACCUACUAUCAUGAAACAGGGUACUAAUCAAGCCAUGAGAUUUUACGUUAUGGAAACGCUUAAAGAUUGGUACAGGAAAGGUGAUCCUAAUGCCCCUGUUCCUAAACCAUUGGUUGGUGCUUUUGGUGCUAUAGCAGGAGCAGUUUCGGUAUUUGGUAAUACGCCAUUGGAUGUCGUAAAAACAAGGAUGCAGGGUUUGGAAGCUGCCAAGUACAAAAAUACGGUCGAUUGUGCCGUUAAAAUAUGGAAACACGAAGGCCCUACUGCAUUUUACAAAGGAACUGUUCCACGAUUAGGACGUGUCUGUUUAGAUGUUGCCAUCACGUUUAUGAUUUACGAUUCAUUUAUGGAACUUUUUAAUAAAGUUUGGCCUUGAAAAAAUUCCAAUCUGAUAUAUACAUUCCAUUUUCAUUCCUGUAUAUGAAACGUUCAUUCCUGUUGUAUUAGAAUCGUUUUAUUGUUAUGAAAAAAUAUUGUUGAUAUCGACUAAACACAAAGUGGUAUUUGGUAUCUAAAUCGAUUAUUUUACAAAUUAUUUUGUUGAUGAUUUAUAUGGAAUUAUUUUAUAUUACUUUUUAGCGUGUUAUUCUAUAUGUGGUAAUUUAAGAUUACUUUCCAAGUUUCAAUUCGCUCGACAUAUCUUUUUUUAAAAUUCAGGACGUGUUGGGUUUAUAUUUUUGAUUCUAUUUUAAUUGUUAUGUUUGGUGAAUGACGACUUCUAGGGCUCGUCGUGAUUUUGUAACUUCCUAGUUUAUUCUAUUUCAAGUAUACAUUCCAAGUUUUUCAAAACUUAAAUGAAAUUUUGCGGCUUACUUCAUAGUGAUAUUUUGAAUAUUAUGAAAGAAUUUGCUGUCGAAAAGUGAAAAAUAAGUUUACUUAGUUGAUAGUUGAAAUUUUUUAUUCUUACACUUGCGACUGAUUUCAAAAUACACGCAGUUACCAUGCUUUACUGUUUAAGAUUAAUGAUAAGCUGCAUUUAAGCAUUCGACUGUAUAGUAUUACUGAAACUGCAACGAUGCAGUAUAAUCUUGAAUUUAUUCCAUUUUGGAGAUUAUCAUAUUGGUAUUUUGAUAUCAAAUUUCAAGACUUUGGUUUAUAACGUUUGUAUGUAUUUGAAUUUUAUACGUGAAUUUUUUUGUUUUUUUCAACCAAAUGUUCAAUUAUUAUCUCGACGAGAUGGGCUUCACGAUUUCUUAUUAAUGUGUUUUCUUUACAAUAAUUUACGAUGUUUCAAUUUCCAUUAAUUAAACUAGUCGUAACGUUUAAACCUUUAGAUUAUUGUAGUAUUGAUGCUCAUCAAUAAGGAUGUAAGCGUAGUGUUAUAUUUAUUUUAUGGUUUGAAAUGAUAAAUUGAAAAGUAUUGGUUUGGUGUGAUUUUAUUAAAUCGAAAGAUAUGAAUCUUUCUAUUAUUUAUUUAUGAUUUUUGAAUACAUUAUUCUGUUUCAA